AUGGCCAGUGGAGAUGAAUUUUUCUUCCACCACUUCAUUUAUUCAUCGGACGAAUCGUCCUCGGGUGAUGAAGAUCUUGUGGUGGCUGCACUAGUCGUUCACGACCACAUUGAACGGCAGCUUCCUCGGUACAGGGGGUCACUCCCUGGCCGUGCUCCCAACCUGAACCGCAACAGGGAGAGAGGCAACGCCCUGCUCUAUGCCGAUUACUUUGCGAACACCCUGCUCUUCAAGCCAGAUAAAUUCCGUCGCCGUUUUCGUAUGGCAAGGCAUGUGUUCAAUCGUAUCCGAGAGGGAGUGGUUGCUCAUGACCCAUGCUUCGAGUGCAAGACGGAUGCCCUUGGCAAGCUUGGAUUCUCCUCUUACCAGAAAUGCACCGCGGCCAUCUGCAUGCUUGCAUAUGGAAUUCCAGGCGAUCUGAUGGAUGAGUAUGUGCGUAUGAGUUCUCAUAAUGAUAUCAACGUGCUGCAGCGUUCUCCAGUCUUCGUAAGGCUUGCAGAAGGCCACUCCCCACCUGUCAACUUUGAGAUCAACGACCACCAGUACAACAACGGAUACUACCUAGCUGAUGGUAUAUAUCCUCAGUGGUCAACUUUUGUGAAGACAAUCUCGAACCCCCAAGGUGAGAAGAGAAAGAGAUUUUCCCAAAUGCAAGAGAGUGCUAGAAAGGAUGUGGAACAUGCUUUUGGUGUGCUUCAAUCCCGAUGGGAUAUCGUUCAAAACCCUGCACUGACAUGGGAUGAAGGGAAGCUUUGGGAGGUGAUGACUGCUUGUGUGAUCAUGCACAACAUGAUCGUCGAGGACGAGCGUGAUGACAAGAUCUUCGACCAAGGAUUUGAUUUUCAAGGUGAAAAUGUUGAGCCCUUGCACCAAGAACCGGCCACGUUUGAGCAGUUUGCCCAAUUUCAUCGUGAAAUGCGUGAUUGGCACACUCAUUUGGAUCUUCAAAGUGACUUGAUUGAGCACGUGUGGACUCAUAUUGGCAACCAAUAG